AUCUGUAUGACGCUCUCCAGUAGAGUUCGCCACUUUCGGAAUGAUGGAAGCGCUUCAUCAGUCACUGAGACGCCUGACGGUACCAGACGCGUUUUUUGCGAGGAGCUGCUGAAAUUCAUGAACACCGGUCAGCGUGUGACGAAGAGAGGAGACUGAGAGUUUGUGGGGGACUGAAUGAGUCGCCACGAGAUUUUUUACUAAUUUAAUGACAUUAAAUAAAACUCAAGAGCAGUAACAGUAACACAGGGCGCUUUUCUGGGUUCAUACACUGGAGGAGGCGAAGCUGCGGCUGCUGCUCCUCCAUCUGCAGGUCUGGAGCAGAAGCGAACCGGAGACGCAGCGCGUGUGAACUUUUCUCCGAGCUCUUUUCUUCGAUGAAUCUCCCUCCUGAGGAAUUCUCCUGUGUCUGAGCGCCAUGGCGCAGCACUCGCUCUGCUGGCUUGUGAUCUUGGUGGUCUCUGGCCACAUUUGGAGAGCUGGAGCGUCUAGAUACCCUCAACAUGUGGAGCAGCGAGAGGCUGCGGCUGAGAGCGCAGCGAGGGUGGCCAGCAGACACAGGAAUUGGUGUGCCUAUGUAGUCAAAAAAACUGUUAGCUGUGUUAUGGAGGAUGGAGUGGAGACAUACGUGAAACCAGAAUACCAGCAUUGUUCUUGGAGCCAGUGUUCCCGGGUGGUUGUGUAUCGGACAUACAGAAGACCCAGGUACAAGACUGCCUACAAAAUGGUGACACAGAUGGAGUGGAAGUGUUGUCAUGGCUACUCCGGUGAAGACUGCAGUGUUGGCCCCAGUAACGGCUCAGACUCCCAUGGAGAAGGAAGAGGGGACAGUGAUAAGAUCAGACAACUUGAGGAGAAGAUCCAGAGCCUGACCAAGGAACUCCAUGACAUGCAGUCCACACUGCAUGGACUGAAUCAGAAAAUACACGAGGAGUCUCAUCAUGGGGGCAGUAGUGGUGGUCACAAUCCUGCUGACGCGGCCCAGCCAGAGAUGCGGGAAACCAUCAACAGCAUCCAGAGCAAGUUGGAUCUCCUGGACAACAUGACUCAAGUACAUGACAGGACCCUCAUCAGCAUCAACAACCAUCUAGUUAGUGGCAGUGGUGCAGGCAACGAGCUAGACAGGGGAGAUCGCUACAACACACUGAAGGAAGAGAUUCUACGGGAGCUAGAAUAUCGUGUCACACUAUCCUGCUCCUCCUGCCAGACUGGAGUGGAGGACAUUCGGCGGCUUCAGCAGGAGAACAAGGACCAGAUCAAGGCAAUGGAGAAGCACAUAGAGCAGCAGCACAAGCACACAGUUGAGUUCCUACAAAGAGAGCUGUCCCGCUUGCAGGGCUGUUGUAGCUCCAUAGGUGACCUCGAGACAAGAGUCAGUGCCCUAGAAAGAAAGGUCAGCUCUACUGUAGAAUCAUAUGAUGUCUUACAAAGCCGGAUUGAAAAGGAGCUGAAGGGGUCCAAUGGAAAUGGAGGCCGAGGAAAGAUAUCGGAGGAGAGACUGAACACCCGCCUCAAAGAACUAGAGCGACGUAUGAAUGGAACAGUAAGGAAAGCUGAGCAGAAAUGCUCAUACACUGAGAGCAGCAUGAAGGAACUAUUGCAAAGAGAGAUCAACCAGAUACGCAGCUCUGUCCAGGGCAAAAAUGAUGAGUAUAGUUACAGAAUUUCUAACGUUGAGCUGGACAUCAGGGAUCUGUGGGGUUCUGUUGAUGACCACAAGGGUCGUAUAACUGAACUGGAAAACAAGACGUCUGUCCUUAACAGUAAGCUGAAGUCUGCAGUUGCUUUGUGUGCAGAGACAUGCGCUGCACAAGAAAAAGCAAGCAAAACUGAGGACACUGUGAAAACUCUGGAGUGGCAAGUCAUUACCAAUCAGGAAAAUAUCCAGAAGUUUGACACCAAGCUAAAGGAUCUCUCAGUGUCUGGUGACUCCCUGAUGGACCGCAUUUUAGACAUCAGUCAGGAUGUUCAGAAAGUCAAGGAUUUCAUGGGCGAGAAUGGUGAGAAUUUUGAAAGGAUUAUCAAUGAGGUAGAAACAUUAGGGGGCAAUUGUGAUGUCUGCAGUUCUGCUUUCAAUUCCCUAGAGAAAGACUUCCAACAGUUUAGGAACUCAACAAGAAGUGCCCUGGAGAAAUGGCAAGGUGAAAUCACCAACUUGAGGAAGACAGUCGAUUCUGAUGAGAGCACAUGCUCACAGGUUUGCUCAAAUCUACAGGAGGAAGUGGGCAAACUCAAGGAGGAAGUGGAGAAAUGCCAGGGGCAGUGCAAGAUCAGCAUGGAGGAGCACAAGAAACACACAAAUGGACAGCAUGUUAUAACUAGCACAUUGGGCAAAGAACUUAAGUCCAUUCAAGGUGAGCUCUCAGGAGUCAAACUGACUUUCAGCUCUAUCAAUGAUACCCUGAAGGGGCUGGGUCGUACUGUUCAGAGGCAUGGCAGUACUAUAACUGACCUGGGCACUUCUAAGGACAGGAUCUUCUCUGAGAUUGAUAAGAUCCAGCAGGGUCUGAAUGAGCACAUAGAGGACAGUCGUGGACACUUCAGCAACGUUGGGCGUGAGAUCCACAACUUCAACAGCAAAAUAUUGGUUGAGAUGGGUGAGUGCAAACGUGCUGGCGAAGGGCUCGAAAAGAGGCUUUUGAAAAUGGAGGACGUUUGUGGCAGGCUGGACUCGCUUUCAGAGAGCUUGCAGCACAUCAAGGAUGGACUGAGUAGACAUGUGUCAGGACUCUGGACCUGUGUCAAUGAGCUCAACGCUACCAUCAUUACUCAGGGAGAGGCCUUAGACAACAUUCAGAACAUUCAUUUGGAGAACAUUCAUGAGAUGAUGGAUAACCUUAACUCCUCACUACUGCACUUCCAGAAAGAGUUCCAGACCUUCACUGAGCAAGACUUUACUGGGCCACAGGGACCACAAGGAGAACGGGGCUACCCAGGCUUAGCAGGGCCAAGAGGCCCACCUGGCAGAGAAGGUCCACUAGGAAAACCAGGAAUUCAGGGUCCAGUGGGACCACCAGGCCUCAGAGGUGAAGAGGGUCCUCCAGGAAAUGACGCAAAAGUACCAAGACUGUCGUUUUCCGCAGCCCUAACACGACCACAGAUCAAUCCAGGCACCAUUAUCUUUAACAAGGUUUUUGUUAAUGAAGGACAUUCGUACAAUCCAGAUACAGGUACAUUCACGGCACCAGUGAGCGGUCGUUACUUCUUCAGCGCAGUUCUGACUGGUCAUAAGAACGUGAAGAUCGAGGCAGUGUUGUCUAAAUCUAACUACGGUAUUGCCCGAGGAGACUCUGCUGGUUACCAGCCGGAGGGCCUGGAGAAGCCCGUGGCUGAGGCCAGGCAAACCCCAGGCUCUCUGGUCAUCUUCAACAUCAUACUCCCACUACAAGAGGGAGACACUGUCUGCCUUGACCUGGUCACGGGUAAACUGGCCAACUCUGUUGAACCUCUUACUAUCUUCAGUGGAAUGCUACUGUAUGAGGACGUGGACGCCAUUGCUACUCCAUGAUGAAGAGAACUGUGGUUGUUAAAAUCGAAGAACUUGAGAAAUAAUCUGCUUUUUACAGUGUUCAAUGACAGCUAUGAUACCACAUGUAUUAUACACUGCCAGUCAAAGGUUCAGACACACCUACUCUAAUGGUUCUCCUUGUUUUUAGCCUACCAUUUUACUAAUUUUAGGAUAAACUAAACCAAAGUAUAGGAAGACACAUGGAAUUAUGCAAUGGGCAUAAGAAAAAAACUAAUUAUCUUCUAUUUUCAAACCUAAAAAAAGUAGCCAAUUUUUGUCCUGAUGUCAGCUUUAUGCACGCUUAGCAUUCUGUCUGCCAGCUUCAUGAAGACUCAUUCGGAAAGCUUCUCCAGCAUAUAGAAGUUCCACAUAGACCAUGAUGACCACUGAAAACUUUUAUGAUGUAAAACUUUCACUUUGAAAUUAAAUCAAUUUGAUAAGCAUGAUCUGCACUACUUGUUUUGGGAACAACUUUUUUAAAAGUAAGCAUAAGCCUGUACUUCAAAAUGUCUUUAACCUCUUAUUCUCCUUGGGACCACCGGUGGUUCCGAAACACACUUUGUCAUUUUCUUCAUAACCUUCAUAUUUCAUAAGCUACAUCCAGAAGCUGGGCAUCGUAUG